AUGAAUACGCUCAACGGGUUGAGGACCCUGGCAUUGCGUUGUUCAAUAUUCACUAUACCCUCAUCACAAUCACACUCCUCUCUGCAAAACCAGUUAUUUUACAGACGACACAUUUCCACCACCACCACCUCAGAAAUCCAGGCGAAUAUCACCGCGAAUUACCUCAUAAAAUCAUGUGGGUUCUCACCGGAAGCUGCGGAUUCAGUCUCCAAGAAGUUCAAACUGUCAUCCCAAGAGAGAGCAGACUCUGUUCUGGCGUUUCUGAGAACCCAUGGAGGACUCUCCGAAACCCAGAUCUCAAAGCUUCUCAGGUCAUACCCAGGAUACCUUGCAGCGGCCUGUCCCGAAAAGACCCUUCUGCCCAAGAUUGAGUUUUACAGAUCCCUUGGACUUUCAAAGGAGAACUUCGCCAGAACUGUGUCUUCAAAUCCACUGCUUUUGUCAGUUAGCUUGGAGAAACGGAUCCUACCAACUUAUAAUUAUCUCAAGAGCUUUCGGCUUUCAAAGAAGAACGUUGCGUCGGUUUUCAAGAGCGGCGCGAGGAUAUUCUUGGAAGGUCACACCAAGAAUGUGGAGCCGAAUCUUGGGCUGUUGAAAGAGUUGGGUAUGUCCCAAGAAUGCAUUUCUAAGUUGCUAACUCAUUUUACUCACUAUCUGAUGCUAAAGCAUCAGAGGUUUCGUCAAGUUGUGGAUGAUGUUAUGGAAUUGGGUUUUAGUAUGGAUAAGUACACAGCUUUCGGGACGGCAAUCCGAGCAUUUUGGGGGAAGGAUAGUAAGUUGAAAAUGAGUCAAUGUAGAGAAGUGUAUAUGACCAAGUGGGGUUGGACUGAGAAUGAUGUUCAGUCUGCGUUGAAGAAGUAUCCCAGGUGUAUGAUUCUGUCGGAGAAGAAGAUAGAGCAAGUAAUGGAUUUUAUAGUGAACAAGAUGGGAUUGGUGUCAGGGAGAACAAUGGCCAGAUACCCUCAGAUUUGGACUUGCAGUUUCGACAAGAAAGUGAUCCCGAGGUGUAUGGUUUUUAAAGUAUUGUUGCUGAGAGGAUUGGUGAAUGAAAACUUGAGUUUGGGUUAUGUCGUGAAUAUUAGCGAGGACAAGUUCUUGGAGAGGUUUGUAGGAAAGUACUUUGACCAAGUACCACAAUUGAUGAGUGUGUAUCAAGGGAAAGUGGAUAUCCAGGAUCUGUAA